UUUCUUUUGCUAACAACCUGGCUGUAUAUUACGUCAUUGCUCAUCUGUAAUGAAAAGAAAACUGAGUUUAUUUCCUUGCAUUUACAUUUCUUUAACCAAUUUGCGCCCUCAAAGCUAACUGAGGAAGAAGGAGUUAAUCUGAACUCUUCUCUGACCAAACACGUUUAAUGCCUCCUGAUGCCUAAUUUGUGGAUUCUGUGGAAAACUGCACUGCCCCUGCCUGAGCCAGAAAGGUUCUUUGCGGACACCCAGUGCUGGAUGGACCGCCUCCUUUUCUUCCUUCCUGCUCCCUCCCCCACUGUUAUUUUCCCCUCUAGAUGUUUCUGGAAGUUUCCACAUUAUUGCUUUUGAGGCAGGACCUCCUCCCGUGUCUCAGAUGUCCUCAACAUUUCCUGCUGGAAACGUGGAUGACCAUUUUUACCUAGAGAUUUAAUUCGACUUUACUCGUUUUGCAAAGUAAAGCGAGGUUUGCAAGGAUCUGAAACCCACUGCAGAGGGCUUGGCUCUGAAGCCACAAACUUACUGACUUCCAGAGUUCUGCCCACAGGGAGCAGCCGGUUCCUCUGCUUACACCCUUCUCCGAAGGUCCAUCUGUGACCAUUUCAAUGAAUUCCAGGAGGUUCUUAAAAAGAAAAAAAGGUUUCACUUUCAGGCUGGAAGGAAAUGUCUGAUUAAAAAAAAAAACAAAAACCAAAAAAAAAAAACCUCUGAAUGAAAACUAAGGGGAUGCAGGAUCUCAGGCUGAAUAAAACCAGAAUGUACUUGGCUUUUGAGGUUAACACAGGGGUUCUCUGUCUGGGAGGUAAAACUGCCUGAAUUACAAUCACACAACAAAAGAAGAGAGAAGAUCAUGCAGCCUUUCCAGAGGGAUAGAUGUUACCCAAGCAAGGAGUAGAUUAUGAUACAGGGAUUUUACCCUUAAUCUGGGCAGAAUCAUGACGGGGUGUUCAUCUUAUCUAAUAUACUCCUUUGGGGGACUUUUGUCCCUAUGGAUUCUGGUGGUGUCUUCCACAAACCAAUGCACUGUGAGAUACAACGUAGCUGACUGCAGCCAUUUGAAGCUAACACACAUACCUGAUGACCUUCCCUCUAACAUAACAGCCUUAAAUCUGACUCACAACCAACUCAGAGGAUUACCACCUACCAAUUUUACAAGAUAUAGCCAACUUGCCAUCUUGGAUGCAGGAUUUAACAGCAUUUCAAGACUGGAGUCAGAGCUGUGCCAAAUCCUCCCUUUGUUGAAAGUAUUGAACCUGCAACACAAUGAGCUAUCUCAGAUUUCAGAUAAAACUUUUGUCUUCUGCACGAACCUGACAGAACUCUAUCUAAUGUCUAACUCAAUACACAAAAUUAAAAGCAACCCUUUCAAAAACCAGAAGAAUCUAAUCAAAUUAGAUUUGUCUCAUAAUGGUUUAUCAUCUACAAAGUUGGGAACCGGAGUCCAGCUGGAGAACCUUCAAGAGCUGUUCUUAUCAAAAAAUAAAAUCCUUGCACUACAAAGUGAGGAACUUGAUUUUCUUGGCAAUUCUUCUUUACAAAAAUUGGACUUGUCAUCAAAUCCACUUAAGGAGUUUUCUCCAGGGUGUUUCCAUGCAAUUGGCGAGUUAUCUGCCCUCCUCUUGAACAACGCCCAACUGAACCCUCACCUCACAGAGAAGCUUUGCUGGGAACUUUCAAACACAAGCAUCCAGAAUCUCUCUCUGGCUAACAACCAGCUGCUGGCAACCAGUGACAGCACUUUCUCCGGGCUGAAGUGGACAAACCUCACCUGGCUUGAUCUGUCCUACAACGGCCUCCGCGAUGUCGGGAACAAUUCCUUCUCUUGGCUCCCACACCUGAGGUAUCUGUCUCUCGAGUACAAUAAUAUACAGCAUUUGUCCCUUCGCUCUUUUUUCGGACUUUCCAACCUGAGGUACCUGAGUUUGAAGCGAGCAUUUACUAAGCAAAGCAUUUCACUUGCUUCGCACCCCAACAUCGAUGAUUUUUCCUUUCAGUGGCUAAAAUAUUUGGAAUAUCUUAACAUGGAUGAUAAUAAUAUCCCGGGGACAAAAAGCAAUACUUUCACAGGAUUGGCGAGUCUGAAGUACCUAAGUCUUUCCAAAACUUUCACAAGUUUGCAAACCUUAACAAAUGAAACAUUCGUGUCGCUUGCUCAUUCUCCUUUGCUUACUCUCAAUUUAACGAAAAAUCACAUCUCAAAAAUAGCAAGUGGUUCUUUCUCUUGGUUGGGCCAACUCAGAAUGCUUGAUCUCGGCCUUAAUGAGAUUGAACAAGAACUCACUGGCCAGGAAUGGAAAGGUCUGAAAAACAUAUUUGAGAUCUACCUCUCCUAUAACAAAUUCCUCCAACUGACUAGCAAUUCCUUUACUUUGGUUCCCAGUCUUCAAAGACUGAUGCUCAGGAGGGUGGCCCUUAGAAAUGUGGAUAUCUCCCCUUCUCCUUUCCACCCUCUCCAUAACUUGACUAUUCUGGACCUAAGCAACAACAACAUAGCCAACAUAAAUGAGGACUUGUUGGAGGGUCUUGAGAAUCUAGAAAUUCUGGACUUCCAGCACAACAACUUAGCAAGGCUCUGGAAACAUGCAAACCCUGGUGGUCCCGUUAAUUUCCUGAAGGGCCUCUCGCACCUGCACAUCUUGAAUUUAGAGUCCAAUGGCUUAGAUGAAAUCCCAGUGGAUGUGUUCAAGAACUUAUUCGAACUAAAGAGCAUCAAUCUAGGACUGAAUAAUUUGAACACACUUCUACCAUCCAUUUUUGAUGACCAGACAUCUCUAAGGUCAUUGAACCUCCAGAAGAACCUCAUAACUUCUGUUGAGAAGGAUGUUUUUGGGCCACCUUUUCAAAACCUGAGUAGUUUAGAUAUGCGCUUCAAUCCAUUCGACUGUACAUGUGAAAGUAUUUCCUGGUUUGUUAACUGGAUCAACCAGACCCACACUAAUAUCUCUGAGCUAUCCACUCAUUACCUCUGCAACACUCCACGCCACUAUUAUGGGUUCCCGGUGAAGCUUUUUGAUACAUCAUCCUGUAAAGACAGUGCCCCCUUUAAACUCCUAUUCAUAAUCAAUACCAGUACGCUCCUGGUUUUUAUACUGAUGGUACUGCUCAUUCACUUCGAGGGUUGGAGGCUAUCUUUUUACUGGAAUGUUUCAGUGCAUCGGAUUCUUGGCUUCAAGGAAAUAGAUGCCCAGGCUGAGCAGUUUGAAUAUACAGCAUACAUAAUUCAUGCCCAUAAAGACAGAGACUGGGUCUGGGAACAUUUCUCCCCAAUGGAAGAACAAGACCAAUCUCUCAGAUUUUGCCUAGAAGAAAGAGACUUUGAAGCAGGCAUCCUUGGACUUGAGGCGAUUGUAAAUAGCAUCAAGAGAAGCAGAAAAAUAAUUUUCGUUAUCACACAUCAUCUAUUAAAAGACCCUCUGUGCAGAAGAUUCAAGGUACAUCACGCAGUUCAGCAAGCUAUUGAGCAAAAUCUGGAUUCAAUUAUAUUGAUUUUUCUCCAGAACAUCCCAGAUUAUAAACUAAACCAUGCACUCUGUUUGAGAAGAGGAAUGUUUAAAUCUCACUGCAUCUUGACCUGGCCAGUUCAGAAAGAACGGAUGAGCGCCUUUCAUCAUAAAUUGCAAGUAGCACUUGGGUCACGGAAUUCAGCACAUUAAACUCAUGUGAAGAUUCCCAGUCAGUAAAGGGAUGGAUCCAAUUUAUGGAUCUGUCAUGAAGGUCCAUCAUGAAUCUGAGUUAUACUUGAAAGUUUUGUAUCUAUUUAUAUGUAUUGAUGAUGAUAUUGUAUCACAAUCAAAUCUCAGUUUUCUGCUUAUUUCAAGCCUCUCAUUGACAACUGCUUAUUCACUUCAAAUAAAUACAUGGGCAGUUAAGAGUAUCCUCUAUUAAUAGAUUCUCCAUUGAUUCUUGAGGUGUAUUACAGCUCCAAAGGGUUUAAAAAUAUUUUUAUAUAAAUAAAACUAAGAGUUUCAUAAAUAUAUUUUUUUAAAAGAAAUGGAGUCUUACUGGGUAGCUCAAGAUGGUCUGGAAAUUAAUACGUUAAAGAAUCAUGUCUUGAACUGCCUGCCUCUGUCUCCAGAGUGAUGCUUUUAAGGGUGUAUAGCACCUACACCCAGCUACAUGCUCAUUUUUAUAAUGCUCAUUUUGGAGACAUUUAUAGAAUAAAAGAUGGUUGCUUUUAUGGUACAAGGCUACUUGAAUGGUAACGAGAAUAAAAUAUUUAGAAAGAGGGAUUUUGAUUUUUUAGUUGAAAAGCUUUGUAGUUUAUUUUGAUGUUGGUUUUGAUAGAUGUUGAAUAGGUUUUAAAUCUGCAUACCCAAGAGCAGAAUAUCUUCAUAAUCUUCAUGGUGUCACAGGUCCCCAGACCUUAGUAGACCGCCAGACCUAGCACAACUGACUCCAUGAUGGAAGUUCCAUUGGGUCAUAAAACUCAGAACAUAGGCAUAACUACCUGUCAAGAUGACCUAAUUCACCAAAGUCUGUAGUUCAGGAAAAGUCCAUAAAUGCCUUGCUUUUGGGCUUCCGUAGCUCUGCUUCUGAUUGAUUUUGUUAACUAAAGUGUGUCAACACAAAAUAUGGUUUUUGUUGUCAUCGUCAUUGUUUUGUUUUUGCAAUUAAAAGCUCACCCUGAAAAAGGGUUGGGGCUAUCUUGGGAUCCCAAACAGCUAAUGUGGUCACCAACUUGGCUAUUAAAGACUUUCUAUUAAUGUAAA